GUAUUACAGACAAAUGGUAUUGUGGGUAAUAUGCUAGCUAAAAAAGUCAAGUGCACCGCAAUCAGUCCGUUUAUUUUUAUUUUUUGCCCUGACCGCAAAAAUUACAUAUAAUUAUAUAUAAGCUAAAACAUUUCUCUAAACUGGACUUUCAGUCAAAACUGGAAGUGAUUAAUAAUGGAAGACCGAUGCCGGAGCUAAAAGAUUUGCUUCAAACGACGGGUCAGAAGAUAACGCGCUCUUUUCAAACGGAGUGGUACACCCGAAAACACUGGCUGUGUGUUUGUGCUUCGAGAAGCCGCCUUUUCUGCUUUCCCUGCCUUUUGUUCUCAACAGGUGACAAUGUCUGGACUACAACAGGAUUUUGUGACUUGAAAAAUAUACCAAGAAGCCUCAGCAGACAUGAAAGUUCAACUACUCACAUUUAAAGUCAAACUGCUUUAAAAACUUUUGGAAGCGCAAGGAUAGAUUUGGCUUUGAACGAACAGUGGAGACUAAAUAUUAGCGUCCACAAUGCUACGAAGUAGACGAGACAACGGAUGUCACAAACAAAGCCCAGAUCUGUCAUUUUGCGUUAUGUGGCAAAAAGUGAGGUGGCCUGUGAAGUGAGGGAGGCGUUUUGGGGAUUUGAUGAUGUGAGUAAUGACAGACAAGUAAAGCUGUCUCUAGGUGGUGUUGAUCUAACAGUCAGAGUCCUGACUACAGGUUACUGGCCUACACAGUCAGCUACGACCAGAUGCAACAUCCCUCACUCCCCACGGCAUGCCUUUGAGGUCUUUAGAAGGUUUUACUUGGCCAAGCACAGUGGCCGGCAGCUCACACUGCAGUACCACAUGGGCUCAGCAGACCUCAAUGCCACCUUCUAUGGGCCUGUGAAAAAGGAGGAUGGAUCAGAAUUAGGCGUAGGAGGUGCACAGGUAACAGGCUCCAACACAAGGAAGCACAUACUGCAGGUAUCCACCUUCCAGAUGACUAUCCUCAUGCUGUUCAACAACAGAGAAAAGUGCACCUUUGAGGAGAUCCAGCAGGAGACGGAUAUCCCGGAGCGGGAGCUGGUACGAGCGUUGCAGUCUCUGGCGUGUGGAAAGCCCACGCAGCGAGUGCUUACCAAGGAGCCGAAGAGCAAAGAGAUUGAGAACGGACACAUGUUUACAGUCAACGACCAGUUUACCUCCAAACUGCACAGGGUCAAAAUCCAGACAGAUAGUGCCAUUACACACUUCUAUCACUGCUGGAGGAAAGAGGAAGCUGAAGAGGUGAUGGACAAAGACUGUUUUCACAUUGAAAGCCUUAUUCAUCAUUCAUCAAGCUCAUUUCUCAUCUGUCUGUUUCCGGUUAUAAUUCAUGUUUAUUAGUAAGUCUGAUCUGUCAUAACUCACUGGUGCACAUUGAAAAUAAAUAAUUAUAUAAAAUCAACAAUAA